AUGCCCGUGCGGUUCAGGGGGCUGAGUGAAUAUAAGAGAAACUUCAAAUGGAAAACCCCCGACUUCUGUAGCCUGUCCCCACAGCAGAAAUCCUUGUGGGCAGGACUUCGCUCGGAUCAGUUUGGAAUCACAAGAGAACCAAACUUCAUUUCCAAGAGAAGGGUACCUUACCAUAAUCCACAGAUUUCAAAGUCCUUAGAAUGGACAGGAGAUUGUGAUUUGGAUGAUCCAGUGGAAACUGAAGCUCCUAGGAGUGCAGAGUUGCACACAGACCACAGCAACAAUGAUGUGAUUCAGGAAAAAACUGAAACUCCGGAAGGACCCAGGCUCCCCCCAAAAGUGCAGUCACAUUCAGUAGACUCUACAGGAGAAACAGCUCUUGCCCUUGCAGAAAGUAACAUGAAGAGAUCACCUUCUGCAGCUCCACUAAAUCAAAAUGAAGCAUUUUCAUCUCAAAAAAAGGAAUUGGGAAAAAUGGGUAAUGGGCUUCAAAGAGUCCUUCAGAGAAAAGCAGACAUGAAUAUUUCACACUUAAGUACUUUACCCAGAAAUUCUGAAUAUCAAAGCCAAUUUGUUUGGAGGAGUCCUCAUGAAAAAUCACCAAUACUUGCAGCUGAACAGGUUAUUAGCAACAUAACUAAAUCCACACCUCCAUCUAAAACUCCUGCAAUUACUUCUGAAACUGCAAGUGAGAGAAAUUUCAAGGAGUCUCCUCCUGUUAAGGAUCCACAAGAGGGAGGUGCUUCAGAAGGGAAGGAGUCUCUGGCUGAUGAGCAAAGUAAGAGGGAAGAACCGUUUCAAAAGCCAGCAGAAGAUGCAGCAAAACAAGGGAAAUCAGAACAGAAACAUCCUAAACAAAAACAUAAGCAACAUAGCAGUCCAAAGCCCCUCUCUUUACAUAGAAGUCAUGGGAAGAUGAGCACUGAAUAUAGGGCAAAAUUUUUGUCUCCAGCCCAGUAUUUGUACAAAGAUGGAGCUUGGUCUCGUAUUAGGAGUAAAGGUCCCAACCAGGCAUCUCAAAACACCCUAAAUUCCAUGUGGUAUAUGGAGGUGAAAGAGCUUCGAGAAAGAGCAAAGGCUUACAGGCAGCGAGUAGAGGGAACACACUUCUCCCGGUACCACCUCAAUCAGAUCCUGUCUGAUAAUAACAGUCUUUGGGAUGUCUCUUCAAGUUCCAGUUCAGAAGAAGGCAUCAGCAACAACAUCAGAGCACUAGAUCUUGCUGGAGUUUCUGAGGAGACUGCACCAAGCCCCAAAAUGCUGCAGCAGCCUGACCCCAGAGAACAGCCACACCAGGACAGCACAGAGAGGAAAGAGUUACCAGAUGCUUCAACUGUUCCAGUCAAAAGGCGUUUAGCUUGGGGUGAGCAAGAAGGCACUGAAGAAAGGGAGAAUCCAAAGACAACAGAAGAGGAAGGAAAACAAAAUGAACAGGCUGCAGUCAUGGCUCAGCAGUUAAAAGGAAAUAAUAAGGAUGCCAAUGAAGAUAAGAAAAUUGAAGGUGAGAAUGCCUUAGGAUUGAACUCCUCUGCAGCUGUCUCAGAUUCUUCUUCUGCAUCCUCAAGGACUGGCGGCCGGCUUCCUACUCCGAAGCUGAGAGCGCUUGGUAGAGCUCAGAGGACUCACCAUGAUCUUACUACCCCAGCUGUUGGAGGUGCGGUUUUAGUGUCUCCUCCUAAGCUGAAGUCAUCAUCUUCACAGAGGAGAGCAAGAGGUUUAGGAACACACCCUUCUGCUGCUAAGAAAAGUGCUAGAGAGGCUUCAAAAAGAAGGCCCUUCCAGGUGAGCCAGAAAAGGACAUCUGUUUCACUCCUUACUUCUCCACCUGCUGGGCUAGGAACUUUAGAUCCUCUGCCACUUAGGCAGGAUCAGUGGCCUCCUAACAGUGUUUCUAACCAGCAAGUUCCUAUUGCUUCAGCCCAUCAAGAGCAUUCCUCUAUAACUCCUGUGCUGAAGUCAGCCAAAAACUCUGCUAUGCCUUUCUGGAGUCCAUCUCCUCGUAUUCAAGGGACUCUCAAGGAUCCAGAAUUCCAGCAUAAUGGGAAUCUUGGCAAUCUGAAACCAAGUUCUUUCCAGUUACCCCUUCAGGAAAGAAACUAUGAUGAUGAAGAGGACAGGUUGUCGCAGCUUUCUGCUCGCUCAGCAGCCUCUAGCUCACUUGCGUCUCAGAUACUGGAACGAGCUCAGAAGAGGAAGGAUUUCUGGGGCAAGACAUGAUUUCUGCCACCCAGUUUGAUGGAAGCUGUUCUGUGAAAGGA